UUUAACAUUUCCCAAGCCUAUGGGGAUGAGCUUUGUUGGUACUGUAGUUGUAGUUUUUUUCCCAUCGCGGUUCUUGUUACUUUAAAAGUUGUAUUUGCUUCUUCAGACGACACAGUGAUUUGGAAUUUCUUGGAAAGCAUUCUUUCUAAACGGUGCAGGCAUGUAGGGUGGUAACGUCGUUCUUGAAUUGUGCAAUGGUAUUUGUUUUGUUUAGACAUUGUUGCGGCACAUACGUACGUGAGCAGUAUGCAGUUGGCCUCAGUCUCCUCACAAUCAGACGUGCUUCGAAAACAAGACCUCGACACUACAGUACUGGGCGGUGUGUUUUUAGUUUUAGGUUAAAGGUGUAAACCUUUAGAUAUGAGUGACUCGGAUUUACUUUCCACAUGUUCUAGUCACGUUUUUCUCGAAUUUGCCGAGUCCUUCCAAGUUUUUCCAGGGUUGUUGGCUUUAGCCAUAGUUAUCGGAGUGAUCAUUGGAAUCGGCGUAGCAGUUCUAUUGUACAUAUUUGUACUGAAGCAAGCUUUUUUCGGAGAAAAGUUUCAGGAGUAUGAUUCCAAAAAACUUUUUGAGAACACAGACCUGGACAAAGAAGACAAUGAAAGUGAUUGCGCCAGUUUUGCCAAGAAACAAUCUAAUAGCAAUUUCAUCAAUGAUAAGGAAAGGAAGCUUCCUUUAAACAGUGAUGUUGCUGCUUUUGCAUUAAGGGCAAAAGUUGUCUAUCCAAUCAACCAAAGAUACAGACCUUUGGCAGACGGAGCUUCCAAUCCCUCGCUGCAUGAGAACUCUAAGCUUGUGAUCCUGCCCAAUCAGAUGCAGGAGGGUUCUACCUCAUCCAGCCUUGAGUCACUAAGCCAAGAAGAUGAUGAAGAUGACAGUAGCCAUUUUAUAUCUUCAUCACCAGUCCCUAAAGAAUUUCAGAAUGAAAAGGUUAUGAAACUGACAAGGUUUCCAGAAACACUCAUUUACACCAGUUUUGAUUCUCGGAUAAGCCUUUACAACUUGGGCUUACAAUGUCUGGAGCAAUUGGACACAGAACUGAGGGAAGAGAGACAUAUGCUUUUUCUUCAGGUCUUCAGAAUUCUCCUGAAUGACUGGUUUCAUAAGGGGAUCAUUGAUGAAGCCUUUUACAGCAGUACUCUUUUAUUGCAAGAAAAGGAAUUAGAAGAGCUAAAAAAUCAGUUACAUUUAAACCAGCCAAACAUGGAAAGGGCUGGGGAUCCUGAUGCAAGCUAUUAUACUUCUGAGGACAUAGAGAAAAUAGAAAAGCACUGCUUGGAAAAUGGACUUCGAAUGAUAGCAGGUUUCAACAAACAGAUUGAAGGUGCUUGUCAACACUUACAAAACAAACUCACACUUACAAAUGAGGUAGUGAACGAGUUAAUUGUGAAACUAACUGAGCAUCUCUUGCACGUGGAGAGCCUAAUGAACGAGACCCAGGGUAUGCAUAUAAUGAAUAUUCAAGAAAAACUAAUUUGGUGGGAGUACAUGGCAGGCACACUUCAAUCUCGGGUGUGGCUUGUGCAACGGGAAGGUACCUGUCGACUAAGGGUUGCAGCAAAGGUCUUGGAGCAUCUUACCAGUGAUGGUGAACUUGCUUUUCAAGAAAUGGAGCACAUGCUAUCGGAUCUACAGUGUAACUUCCAGGAGGAAAUCAAGUUGUACACCAAUGAGUGUACCAAGCACACCAAAGGCCUUGUUAAUGAAAUGGUCAAGAAGAUAGAUGUCAAAAAGAAGAAACUCAAAAAGAGACAAGAAAAGGAGAAAACGCGUGUCCAAGAUACUGUGCAGCAGAUCUGUGAUGCCGUGGAGUUUGUGAAUGCCUACCAUAGUCUCUUGGAGAAGCAGAGGCAGGACUGCAGUGAUAUGGAGGGCGCGGAGGACAUGAGAAUCCUUGAUGGCAUAACUGAUUUGUGGAAGAGGCAGCAUUCGUCUUGCUCCCAGAAGAUGGAGAAAAUGGUGAAAGAGAUGUUCCUCGUAACCCUACCGAGCCGCACAGAAUUGCUUGUGAAAAAAUGUGAACUGCUGAGGCAAGAAGCAAGGCAAGAUUUAAGUGUUCAUUUGCAAACCGAAGAAGCAAAUCUAAAAGCCUAUUUAAAGCUUUUCAAAGAUCAACUUGUACGGGGGAGACAGAGUUGGCUUGAAGAACAGUCGCUGUCCACAGCUAGGCUAAAGCACCUCGCUGAGCAGCAAGAGAAGCUUCUCCAGGGAAUUCUAGUCAGACAGAGAGAUCUGCACGAUGGAAAUGGAAAACAGAUUCAACUGAAACAUUCCUUAUUUUUUCAGUGUGUUAAUAAACAGUUUUCAGCCAGACAGUUCAGCCUCGGAGCACUGAAGGAAAUUAGACUGUCAAGGCUGAAAUGCUUGUUGAAUGAACUCCGCCAAGAACGCACUAAAGAAAUAGAAAGUGAUGACCUGAGUAAAACGCCAGGAAAUCAACAGAAGUUGCAGGAUAAGGAAACCAGCAUUUCUGAAGUGGAGAGGAGACUAGAGCAGGAGACACAGCAGAUACGACUGGAGUUUCAACAGGAGCUUAUCUCAGAGCUCUGUACAGCUGCAGAGCUUUUACAAGACCACACGGAGUGUGUGAUUGGACGGGCUCUGAUUCUGAAUGCACGUCAGCAAGUAGCACAACCCACCUCUGAGGAGAAUGAAGGCUUCAAGGACCUGUUAAAAGAAGCUGCUACUGAGAGUGUGUAUGUGACCAGGGAAUCUGUUAAUAGACUCGCACAGAACUAUUUUACUCAGAUACAGAACAUCACAGAAGCCUUGGAACAUGAUAAACAGCAGCGUUUACGACAUCUAGAAGACAUGUGUAAAAAUAAACAGAUAAGUCAAAAGCAGCUAAAUGAAUCCCUUCAGAAGGAGCUUGCCAAUUGGAGCAAAAAACCAACAUCGACUGAGUUUCGUCAAAGAGUAGUUUUGCAAAAGAAAAAAAUCCUGACCCAGUAUGACUUGAAUCAUGAAGCAACACUUGAGUUUCUAAGGCAAAAGAAGUCUGUUCUUGAUCAUAUGGAAAAACACCUUGAUGGACAACUGCAGGAAGCAGAGGAGACCUUCAUGACACAGCUUGCAGCAUUAGCUAGAGUUUCUCUUGGGAGGGCAGAUUCCUGCACUAAGGACACAUCUUCAGAAGACAAGAGAGUGUCAAGAAAGAAAAGAUCUCCAAUCCUAAGCCAGCCCAGCUCCAAUGAUCAUGAUGGCAAUGAUGAUGGCUGUUCAAAGUCAAAGAUCAGGCUUUCCCAGACAUGAAAAAAAGGUCAGCUACUUUACACAGCUCGGAGGAGCCAAAGAAAAGUUGGAAAAAUCUCCAAUCAUCACUCCCUCAGACAACGCAUACUGAACUACCUAAAAGCAAUGACUAAAAUGUGUGCUUAAAACAGAAUUGGAGGUUGGGAUAUUUUGUAAAGCAAUCAAGGUUCUAUAACAAGUUUUUGGGGCCCCCAUGUGUCAUGGGUGUUGUGAAAAUGUUAAGUCGACACAUACAUUUUGUGUCCAAUAUAUAUACAUAUUGAAUCUUUAAAAUUAAAUAAGGUACUUUUUUUUGCUGGUGGAUAUUAUCAUAUUUCUAAUAUAAAAGUCCAGUUCAUACUAUGCAGGUUGUGCAUGUUUUCUUUUCAUAAAUAUUCACAUUAACGCCUGUGAUUUUGGUCGUCCGGUCCAGAGAACCAGUAGAUCCAAAUCUUUGGCUGUCUUUUUUUUUUUUGGCUCCAUCUACUGGAAAAAAAUGUAUACAGACCUCUGAAAGGGUUAUGGUACAGUAGCAUUGGAAUUCAUAAAUUGUAUGAAGUUUUAUGAAAUGGUUUUUUAUUUUAUUUUAUUAUGAAAGUGAUGUUCUACCUCUGUCCGCUGUUUUCUGAGGAUUACUAAUUAUUGCUUUAAAAUCAAUGUACUUGCAGCAUCCUAGCUGUAUUCACAUUAUCUUGUCUUCCUUUAAUCAUUGUGAGAAUCUUUUGACUUUUCACUUGCUUUUUUACAACCCUAUGAAUAUCAUAAUCUGCUGCAUGCUGGUACCUUUGCUUGUCUAAUUGCACAAGGUGAUUCGGUUUCAGGAAGCAACAGCAACUUUUUAGCUGUUGUCUUUUGAAGUAGAUUUUAAAACUUAACUAUUAUUAUUAUUAUUAUUAUUAUUAUUAUUAUUAUUAUUAUUGUAUACCGGUAAAUACCACAGGUGUUUUGAAAAUGUAUCUGACAACACAAUCAUUCUGUUUAACAUGUCAUUAUUUCUAAUUUAAAUUUGCUUUACAGUUGAGUCUUUAACAUAUAUACUUUGCAUUUGUUCAGUAAAUUUUGUCUGUACUUGUUUUUAGUGAUUUAUUCCUGCAAAUCAUGCAUGUUAAUCAAAGCUUGGUACAGCUACCAGUUUGCACAAAUAAACAAACAAUUCAAUAAUUAAAACAAU